AUGUCGGAUGAUAACAACUUAUUUGAUGAUAUAGAACAGGAUAAUAAUCCCUCAUUUUACGGUAACCCAUCAAUAUUAACGGACCCCUAUCAUACGUCAUCUAAAUCUCAUGAUAAGCAAGCAUCAUCGACUGAUGCAAGUAACAACCAGAGCAAUGAUAAUAAAACAAGGUUACAGUUGGGUAACAACCAGAGCAAUGAUAAUAAAACAAGGUUACAGUUGGGUAACAACAAUAUUGGUCACAGCAAGACUUUCCUGAACGACGAAGGGUACCCCCACGAGCUCGUCAAUAGUACCAUUGGCCUUUCAAAUAAAAUCACACAACUCUUGAACGACAAACAUUUACAAAUUGAUAUCAUCAAUUCCGAAAAAUUGAUCAACUCAUCGAUAAUCGUAUAUACUAUCCAACUUUUCUCCGAGGAAUCUUUGAAUAAGAUUGUUGUAAAGAGGAGGUACAGCGAGUUUAAAUCAUUAAGAGAUAACUUGAUAAAAUUGUUUCCAACUUUGAUCAUACCACCAAUACCUGAAAAGCAUUCAUUCUUAAGCUAUUUGCUAAACACAAUUAAUAUAGAUAACGAGUCUAACAUAGUGGAGAUGAGAAAGAGAUACUUUAAAUUGUUUCUUGAUGACAUUGUUUUUGAUUCAAGUGAAGAGUUGAAAAAUUGUCCAUUGGUGCAUAAGUUCUUGGAUCCCAACUACGAAUUGUGUUGGUAUAAUGCAUUAAAUGAACCACCAGUUAAUAUCAUACCCAAUAAUCUAUUACUAGCCAAUCCUGUGAACCCCACUGACCAAAAUGGAUUAUAUUCAAUUUUACCAAUUGUCAAUGGUUUCGAUAUCAGCACAAGCAAACAGGACCACCUUUCAAAUUUGAAAAAGAUAAAUGACGAGUUAUACAAACUAAAUGAUCAAAUCAAAUUAUUUGAAUUGAAGGGAUUCGAACAGAAUUUGAAGUUUACCAUUCCUGAUGAGUUGAUUUCUUUUGAAUUACGAUUUCAUAAAGUCAUCAAGAACCUAUCACAUUUGAACAAGAUUGAUAUGAAAGUUACCAAAGAUUAUAAGGGAUUGAUUAAUAUACUUGUUGACCUAGGAGGGAACCUUAACAAUUUUUCACUUCAAAUAUAUCAACAAAGGAAACAUGAUCUUGAGAGUGAGCGUGCACAACAGCAACAGCAACAAGAACAACAAGAACAAGAACAAGAGCAAGAACAAGAGCAACAGCCACAGCUACAGUCACAGUCACAGCAGCAACACACCCACUCACACCUACAUCUACAACAAAACGACUUAUCAGAAACUAUUGAAAAAUUUGGAUCUACAAUGGAUCAAUCAUUUUUGAAUUUUGAAAAUUUUGUGUUCAAUCAGUUAAUCCCACAAUGGCAAGAGCCUGUAAAUCAGUUAUUGCAGUAUAAUCAAACGGCAUUAAAUUUGAUUAAAUUUUACAAGUACAAGAUCAUCCAGUUUAAAGUGCUAUACAAAUUGAAGUUUAACAAGUUUCAACAAUUGAUUAAUUUGAAUAAUAUAAUUGAUGGCGGUAGAGGUAGUGGUAGUGGCAGUGGUGGUGCCAAUGGCAACAGCAGUUUUACCUCGGCCAAGACCGACGAGGAAGAAGAUGCCGUUGUUAUCAAUUCACUAGACCAUUUGAAAGAGCUCAACUCGCCCACUUUAAACAAUGCCUUAAAGAGCAUUUCACUAAAGAAGGUUGCUAAAAAGUCAUCAUGGUAUGGCUUAUUUGGCGGGAACAAUACGCCGAAAAAGUUCAAUUUUCAAUUACCUGUUGGGGAAACAACAGGAGCUACAAAUCCAACACCAUCCCCUUCGUCCACCUCAUCAGUGACACAGUCAUUUUCCACAUCCCCUACAUCCUCGAUAAAAUUCAGAUUAGCUCAUUUGGAAAAGGAGCUAAACAAGAUAAACCAGUUAAUUGAACUAUGCAACAAUGAUAUGAUACAAUUAACCCAAGCUAUAAUGAAUACCUUUAACGAUUUUUUGAAAAAAAUGGAAAAAAAGUGGCUUGUGAUUAUGAUAAACUAUUUGAAAAAUGGCAGGACUUUAUUUGAUGAGAAUUUAACCACUUGGAAAGGCUUUAAGGAGUCCUUCCAAGUAGACACUUUGACAAGUAGCAAGGAGUAUUUGUUUAAAGGUCUUUGUUUCUUGUUGGAGAUGUCGGCUAUGGAUAUUGAUAGUGAGAUUUCGACUGUUUUAGCCACCAUAAGGCUGGAACUUGAGUCGUCCGAGUUGAUUAGUUACUUUUAUCAAUUGGAGGAUUUUUAUGAACGUAGGUUAUGGCAUCAAUUAACACAGGUAUUGGAUGAGUUGUAUUACAAGAAUCCCGGGUUAAUUACAUUUGAGUUGAAGAACAAAGUGUAUACUUUGUUUAUUAGUCAAUUUCAAACCAAGUUGAAUCCUACCAAGAUUGUUGAUUUUCUUUUGGAGAGUUUCAAACCGGAGGAGACAUUAGACAAGUUGAUUCAGUUACGCGUUGAGUUUGUUAACAACUUGAAAAGAGAACACAAUUUCAAGGACGAAGCUGACCCUGAGUUUGUUAAGCUUGUUGAGAAUGAAAAUGCGUUGGUUUAUAUCGAUUUACAAAUUAGUAGGUUUCAUUUACUAUUGAACCAGCUAGACGAGGCAGAAUUGAUAUUGACAAAAUUGGAAAAGACCAAGUUUCAAGAAUUGAACAACGACCUCAAUGCAAAGACCAAUGCUGCGUACUACUUGGCCAAAUGCGAACUAUACAAGAUUUUGCAAAACUAUAACGAGUUUUACAAAAACGGAUUGUUGUACUUGUCCUCAACAAUGACAUUGAGUCAAGAGGAAAAAAUCAAAUUAUGCUACGAGUUGUGUAUUGCUGCGUUACUAAGUGACAAGGUAUACAAUUUUGGAGAGUUGAGGCUCCAUGAUAUCCUAAAUGAAAUCCUGACUCCUGAACUGCAGUAUAAUUGGCUAUACAAUUUAAUACAAAAUUUGAAUUCGGGGAACAUAAAAGAGUACAACCACUGGCUAGCCAUUGCUUUUGAGAAAUCGCCAUUUUUAACUACACACAAAACUUUUCUUAACCAAAAGAUUAUAAUAAUGGCGUUACUAGAAUUGAUAUCAAUCAAAUCCGCAUCUACCUCGAUGGACAAAACAUUAACAUUUCAAGAGAUUAGUCAAUUUACAGAAACGGACUUGAACGAUGUCGAGCUUUUGAUAAUCAAGUGUUUUUCAUUAGGUUUGAUACAGGGAUAUAUCAAUCAAAUUGACCAAGUAUUAAUUGUGACUUGGUUGCAACCAAGAAUCUUGCAUUUGGAGCUGGUGAAAACUUUAUAUAACCAUUUGGUUGAAUGGGGCAACAAAGUUGACCAAUUGGGAAAAACGGUUUACGAGAGCGGUGGCACCAUCUGGGCAGGAUUAUAUUCUAAAAAAGAUUGGGGAGGGUCACUCAAACCGCAUAUUGAGAUUACUUUGAAUCAAUUCGGUGAUCACAAGUAUGAUUUCAAGAAACUGGGCCUGGAGAAAGAGCAGCAGGAACAGGAACAGGAACAGUUUGAUGAUAUAUCGGUGAGUUUUAUUAUUUUUGAGUAUAAGGAUCUUGUCAAUAUUGGUGCCUAUAAUGAACAGUUGAAAGAAUAUAUUCUCGUAUGCGACGACCGUGCUAUUAAUGAGUACAAGGUUUGUAAUCCUGACCAAAGAGGGCAAUUUGUGGUCAAUUCGAAUUCAACCAAUUCCACUAUUUUGUCAUCAAAGUUGACGCAGUUGGGACCGGCUAAUAUACAUUACCCAAUCAACCGCACUGGGUAUUAUUGUAUCUCAACAUUUACUACUGUUUCAGACAGUAAAUAUGAAGGCAUAAUCAACUUUCAAAAUGCAUUUGGCCAAUUGAGUGCUAGUGAAAUACCGAAAUUGCCGGCCUAUGGUAUUUUAACGUUAUGUUACGCUAUAACAUUGGUAUUAUUUGGAUUUCAAUUUUUCAAAAAAAGAAAAGAAAAUCAGAUUUUACCGUUACAGAGAUACUUAUUGGCCAUGUUGGGAUUUUUGACGUUUGACACAUUGGUGAUUUGGUCAUAUUACGAUUGUGUUAAUAGAGUUGAGAGCCCAACUAAUGGACUUGUUAGAGCUUAUAUGGUGUUCAUGGCCAUUUGUAAUGCAAUAAAGAUUACAUUCUCAUUCUUUUUAUUGCUUUGCAUUUCAUUAGGUUAUGGAGUUGUAAAAUUGAAGUUGAGCAAGAAGACUAUGUUUUGGUGUAAGAUUUUGGCUGCUUGUAAUUUUGUAUCGAGUUUGAUUUACUUGAUUUUCAACUAUUAUGGAGGCUCGUCCAGUGCAAUUGUUAAUACCAGUAGCAUUGACGUUGCCGAAGCUGGUGGAUUUUUGGGCUUGUUACCAUUGAUUCCUAUAUCGAUUGUGUUGUCCAUUUACUAUGUGACUAUAUUAUCAUCGCUUAGAAAAACAACUAGCAAUUUACAUCAACAAAGACAAAUCAUAAAAUUACAGUUGUAUCAGCAUUUAUACUACAUUAUACUUCUUGCUGUGGCUUUGACAUUCCUUGGACUAACCUUGAGUACAUUCAUUUACCUCAGCAUGUCAACAACUGAUAUGUAUGAACAGCAUUGGAAAGGUUCUUUUUUCAUCUUUGAUUUUUGGCCAAGUGUUGUUUACUUUUUUGUAUUUUUGAUCAUUGCUUGGUUAUGGAGACCCACCGAAACCAGUUACAUGUUGGCUGUCUCUCAACAAUUAUCAACUGGUGAAGAAGGUAUUGAUGAUCCAGACCACCCAAAUUACCAACAAGGGGGCCUUAAUGAGUUUGAGUUGGAUGAUUUGUCACUCAUGAGUCAUGACGAAGAGGAAGUGGAAGAUGAGGAUGGAAAUGCAGAAAAUGUAUUGGGAAGGAAUAGAAUUGAACGUGAUAGUUUAGAGUUGGAAGACGUUAAGCUGAAGAAAUCGUCUAGAAAUAAUGAUCAAGGAUCAUCUACUACAACAACAACAGCAGCAACAGCAGCAACAGCAGCAGCACCACCAGAUUACGAAGAGGUAAAUCACGGGGAUGUGCCGUCUGGGGAUAAUGGAGUGACACUAUUUGAUAUAGGAGAAGGGGACGAAGAUAGUGAAGCUGAAGAAGAUGACAGGUUAAAGAAAAAUAUUUAA